GCUGCUGCAGCCGGGGAAGCUGGUAGGAACGACCCCGCCAUCCCAGCGGAACGUCCGCCGCGUCGCCCUCCCCGCCCGCCCGGAGCCCUUUGGCCGGUGCACCGCGGUGGCGGAAGGAGCGUCGGCCGCCAUGCCAAAGUUACGAAAAACCCAAGGAGGGAAGCAAGAGAAAAAAGUUAUCCAUCCCUACAGUAGAAAAGCUGCGCAGCUUGCAAGGGAAGCACACAAACAGGAAAAGAAAGAAAAGUUGAAGACUGACAAAGCUUUGCGUUUGAGUAUCAUUGGAGAAAAAUUGCAAUGGUUUCAAAGUCACCUUGACCCGGAUAAAAUUGAGUACACAAAGAAGGAAGCUGGCGAACUAAUUGAAAAUUAUAUGUGUCGAUUCAAUGCUGAAUUGGAGCAGAUUGAAUUACAAAACAGUAUUAAAGGUAGACAAGGAAGACAGCACGGUUCACGGGAAACUGUCAUCAAGCAGACCAUAGAACGUGAAAGGCAGCUCUAUGAAGGCUAUGGAAUGGAGAUCCCAGACAUUAUGAACAGAAAGCAUCUUAAAUUUUUCAGAGAAUGGGAUGGUGAUCUGAGGAAACUGCCAAACAUCAAAAUGAAAAAGCUCUCAGCUAAGGAUGCUGCUUCUAGUAACCCUGAAGUGGCAGAUGUGGAAGCUAAAGAAGAAUUGAAUAAAGAAGAAGAGGUGUCUAAUGAGAACAACAUGAUUCAACAGCUGAAACAGCUGAAUGGAAUUGUAGGAAACCUAUUUUAAUUAUUACGGAAAGAAGAACAAAUACUAACUAUAUUUGCAAAGGCAUUUUUUAUGAGCUCACUGUGUACCUAUGGUGAAGAGUAAACAGUAUAUUACUGGGUAAAGCUGUAAACUAUUAGAUUAAAAAAAAUUGAAUAUAAAUAAAUACUUUAAACCUUAA